CUCAUGGGAAAGAAUUACGAUAUCCGUGUUCAUAGGGGGGAGCUGCAGUAACGGAUAGUAUUAUGUGAUUGAUUAGGUAGCUUUGGUUAUGGUGAAUGAUACAUUACUUAUUUCGUAAUUACUCAUAUCAAUUAACCGGUGAUGUCUUCAAAUGUUCAGGUUGAAUGGGAAUACGUGCUUUCUUUUCAUUCCUAACUCCUAAUGGUACGGUCCAUGAAGAUGAAGGUCCCACGUGUUGGAGAAUUCUAACUUCGUAGCGCAUGUGGAUUUUAUACAGUACAUGUAAGGAACUCAUACAAUAAUAUAAACAAUUUACUUGGAUUUUCUAAAGUAUGCUUUUUGGGAAAGAAGUACCAUGGAGGCGGCUGGAGGGAAUGACAUUUGGCAUGUACUCUGCCGAAGAAAUAAGGUAAGAAUACAAGUUGUAAUGAGUGCAUAUGCUCUGAAGCCAUAAUAACAUGCCCCUGCAUGCCUUUCGCGUUUGAGUGUGUUAUAUUAGCUAGCUAUAGUUAACUGGUUAGUGUUCACUGUUCUUGGACUGUCAGUUUGUGGUACUGCUACUAUGGAUAUUAUACUACUAGUUAACUACUAAAAUAUUGCAUUCAUUCAUUGUAACAUUGUCAUGUCAUGUUCCCAUUUUUCCACAGAAAGUUGAGUGUCAAGAACAUUACUAACUUCAGAUUCCUGGAUAAUGUUGGUAAUGUUGCCCCCAAUGGCCUCUAUGACCUGUCAUUGGGCCCAGCUGAUUCCAAAGAGGUGUGCUCCACCUGUAUGCAAGACUUCAACAACUGCCCUGGGCACCUUGGGCACAUCGAGCUACCCUUACCCGUAUACAACCCACUCUUCUUUGAUGUAAGUGAAGAACACAGAACACACCUAUCCAAUUCCUAUCCCAGUAGUCAUUACAAGUACAUGGCCUGUUUCCAGAUAAACCAUGACUCGAUCCGAAACACAGUUGAUAGGCUACAAGUUACAGUGGGGUAAACCUUCUUUUAAAGUAAUAUUCUCUCUGACUUCUACUCUGGCACUAGAAACUGUACCUGCUGAUCCGAGGAUCAUGUCUGAACUGCCACAUGCUGGCCUGCCCCAGAGCAGCGAUCCAUCUCCUGCUGAACCAGCUGAAGCUGCUGAACGUGGGAGCUCUACAGGAGGUCUAUGAGCUGGAGCAUGUGCUGAACCAGGUGAGCAUCACACAGACAGGAGUGGGAAUAUUCAAUAAUAAUGAUGUCUCUGAAAUCACACUGCUAUUUCUGGUAAUGUAUGCAAGUCUUUUGAUUUCAUAGUGUUUGAUUCAUAAAAUUAAAAUAAAAGUUCUGAGUUUUAAUCACUCACACAACUGGUUUUGACCAUUUGUCUAUUGCAGUUCCUGGAAGGCAAUGCCCAAGCUUCUGGGGUUGAGAUCCAGGUGGUGUUGGAGGAGUACUGGGUUAAUGUCAACAAACUGAAGACAGGCAGCGAUCACAGCUCACCAGUAAGAGCUGAUUGUGAAUGUGUCAUAGAAACUGAACAUCACAACUCAGGCCAAUGUGAUAAAAUGGAAUGUUUUGUGUUCUCAGAUCAAGCAUAUCUGUGAGAAGAAGAACAAGCUUGUAACAGACUUCUGGAGGGUCCAAAUGAGAUCCAGGAAAUGCCCACACUGCAAGUAAGUAUGGACCAUUGUGGUCAAUUACCAUUUAUUUCAUAACAAUUCUGUCCCCUGUGUGAAGCUUCACACUGAUUUUUACUGUUCCCCAAAUAGGAGUGGCCGAUCACAAGUGCGCAGAGAGCACAACAGCAAACUGAUUGUCACCUUGCCUGCGGCUAUGUAUAAAGAUGGUGCCGUCAAGGGACCCGAUGAAGGUAAUGCAUGCCAUUCAAUCUUCUGCUUCAUGCAUGUCCAAGAUUGGUAAUAUGGUAGAGGACUAAAACGUGUUGAAAAGUUGACAUUUCUGCAGUCCUGAAUUGGAAAGUUGAAUAAGUGCCCGUGGUCUCCUCUCCUUUCAGAGGAUGGGAUGGCUGGAAAACGUGGAUACCUGACCCCCAGCACGGCACGGGAUCACAUCGCCAAACUAUGGGAUAAAGAAGGUUUCUUCCUGAAGUGCUUGUUCGCUGGAAUGGAGGAGUUGGAGAGCUCACCCAAUGACUUUUAUCCUGACCUUUUCUUCCUGGAGCUUAUGGUGGUCCCUCCAUGCAGGUGAGGAAAAUCUCAGAGAACAGCCUUACAAUUUGUGGGUUUGUUUUGAAUGUAGUUAUUUGCUUCUGUUGGUUAUUGAUAGUGUCUGGAAUUGCAUCACAAAAACCUCUUAGUUGUGAAGCUUUCCAGUAACUGAUGAGCGUAACCCUCUUGUUUUCCCCAGGUACCGGCCCAUUAACCGUAUGGGAGACCAGAUGUUCACUAACGGCCAGACUGUUAACAUGCAGGCAGUGAUGAAGGACAGUGGAGUCAUCCAGAAGCUCCUAGCACUUCUAGCAGGAGAGAAGCUGAAGGAAAAGGAGUUGGAGCUGGAGGAGGUAUGUGAACCAAUGGCGUGGGGUUGCAUUUGCUCUUUAAACAUUGUUUUGAGGGAAUGAAAAGGUCAAAGGUGACACAUUUGAUUUUCCAUGUAUAUAUCUCAUACUGUAUCUUUGUUUUGAUUCUCUUUUAGCCCACUAAGUCUUAAGAAAUGGGGGGGGGGGACAUACAGAAAAUUAGGGGAAAAGCAAAGUCAAGACACACAAACACGGCUCCACAUUCCUAUAAAUAUAUAUCUGGGUCUUUUGCAUUAAAUAAAGUUAACCAAUUGUGUGUUAAAUGUUGCCAUUCCUCUGUACUCUAAAUGUAAAGGUACAGGAAGCAGACCCCGCUCAGACAGACCAGGCCUUCCUGGCAGGGAUCCCUGGUGCCACACUCACAGAUAAACUCUACAAUACCUGGAUUCGGCUCCAGAGUCACGUCAACAUCGUCUUUGACAGUGACAUGGACAAACUGAUGACGGAGAAGUACCCCGGCAUUCGUCAGGUCUGUUUUCUCAUGGAAAUCUCUCGCCACCUGUUCCAUAUGUGCAGCCUUUUAGCCAAAGGGAGUGAAACAUGUCAGUAUACCUUCAUCUUCCAACCCAUACACGUUGUUGUUCAUGCUGUCCCUGUUUUCUCUCUCAGAUCUUAGAGAAGAAGGACGGUUUGUUCAGGAAGCACAUGAUGGGUAAACGUGUGGACUAUGCAGCACGCUCUGUUAUUUGUCCUGACAUGUACAUUGGGACCAAUGAGAUUGGAAUACCCAUGGUAAGAGUCAUUGCCUUUGCCUGCAUACUGCAUGUCCAUUGAUAGUUGUAGCAUUGUGUGAGCUCACAUGAUAAACUCCCAUCUGUUUUGCUACAGGUGUUUGCCACCAAGCUGACUUACCCCCAACCUGUGACGCCUUGGAAUGUUAAGGAGCUGCGGCAGGCAGUUCUGAACGGGCCCAAUGUUCACCCUGGGGCCUCCAUGGUCAUUAACGAGGACGGCUCCCGCACCAUCCUGAGCAGUACUAAUCUCACCCAGAGAGAGGCCAUUGCCAAGCAGCUCCUCACACCAUGCCCUGGGCAGCACAUGAUGCCCAUGAAGAUAGUAAGGCCUAUAUUCCUUGAUUCCUUAAUUAAUUUAUAUUGUAAUCUCAUAUACUUUCCCUCUAAAAUGACACUUAAUUAAAGAUGAUAUAACUAGUCUCCUUGCAUCUCAUCUUUCCAUUAUAUUUGCCAUCUAUUGAGCAAUGUUCAUAUUCUCCAUAGGUGAAUCGUCACAUCAAGAAUGGUGACGUCCUGCUCCUCAAUCGGCAACCAACACUGCAUCGGCCGUCCAUCCAGGCUCACUGCGCCCGCAUCCUGCCAGGGGAGAAAGUGUUGAGGCUUCACUACGCUAACUGUAAGGCCUACAACGCUGACUUUGAUGGGGAUGAGAUGAAUGCCCAUUUCCCUCAGAGUGAACUAGGCAGGGCUGAGGCCUACACACUCGUCAGCACUGACCAGCAGUACCUCGUGCCCAAGGUGAAUGUUCAUUGCUCAGCCUUAGAAAAUGUCUCUCUUGUGUUUGCAAACAUACAAAUUCCUAAUUCUUGAGAGGGAAUUGAAUGAUGUUGUAUAAUGUUUGAUAGAUAAGCUCUUGUUUGCUCACCCUCAACACCUACUGUUGCUGUACAGCCUCACUGCCUUGUCUCUGUCCCCCAGGAUGGGAAGCCUCUGGCGGGUCUGAUCCAGGACCACAUGGUGUCAGGCACCAGGAUGACCAUCCGUGGCUGCUUCUUCUCCCGCGACCAGUACACUGAGCUGGUCUACCGAGGUCUGACCGACAAGGUCGGCAGGGUCAAGCUGCUGCCCCCCGCCAUACUCAAACCAUUCCCUCUCUGGACUGGGAAACAGGUGCAGAAGGACCUACCCCUGGGUUGAGAGGUUUAGUAGGUCAUAAUACAUAAUGCAGUAUUGUACAGGUAAUAACACAGGUGUUCUUUGUCAUUCAGGUGGUGUCCACACUACUGCUGAACGUCAUCCCAGGAAACCACAUCCCUCUGAACCUGACAGGGAAGGCCAAGAUCCCCAGUAAGGCCUGGAUCAAGGAGCCUCCACGCCGUGUUCCAGGCUACAAGCCUGAAACCAUGUGUGACUCCCAGGUCAGACUGUUCACUAGCAAUACUACUCAACUUAUCAAUGUCAGAAUGUUGCACAUGUACCCACCUUGAUUUGAUUUAUUUGAUUAUUAGUGUCAUAGUUUGUAUUUGCAGUGUGUUAAUCCUAUAUUUUUUACUUUGUUCAAAACACACCUCGUCAACAUUUGUCUUUGACAGUAACUGUGUCUGGUCCUGCAGGUGAUAUUCCGUCAGGGAGAGUUGCUGGUGGGGGUGUUGGACAAGGCCCACUAUGGCAGCUCAGCAUACGGCCUGGUCCACUGCUGCUACGAGCUGUAUGGAGGAGAGACCAGUGGCAAACUCCUCAGCUGCCUGGCUCGCCUCUUCACUGCCUACCUCCAGCUGUACCGGGGCUUCACUAUGGGUAAGGCAUGGGCUUCAUCCCAACUGGAACCUUAUUCCCUAUAUAGUCCACUAGGUUUGACAAAAGUAGUACAUUGGGUGCCUUUUGGGACAUACUAACUGGUGUUCUAGAUCUAUCUGAACAGACUCAGGGAUCCAUCACAAGGCUCUAUCUCAAAAUCAAAGGGUUAUUAAUUGAAUGUAUUUCAGGUGUGGAGGAUAUCUUGGUGAAACAAGGAGCCAACAGACAGAGAAAGCAGAUCAUAAAAGAGUCUGUCACGUGUGGGACUAAGGUAAAGAUGCCAGUAUCAAUCAGUCGAUCCACAUGUUCCAGGAACAAAUAAACAAAUUGAAUGACAUGCAUUAGUGUGGCGGUAACGGUUGUUUUCUAUGGUGUACCCCAGGCCUUGCAGGCAGCCUUUAACCUGCCUGACACAGUGGAGGAGAGCGAGGCUAGGAGCCGCUGGCAGGACGCCCACCUCAACCCAGACCAGAGAGACUUCAACAUGGUGGACCUCAAGUUUAAGGAGGUGGCCAACCAGGUCAACAACGACAUCAACAAGGUGAGCUACAUGGAGUUUGCGUUGUUUGAUUUGCUCAUCCUUCAGUUUUGUGAAGAGGUUACCAUCAGAUGGUUGUCAUCCCUAACCCUAACCCUAGUGGUCCUAUGUAGCACAGUUGGUAGAGCAUGGCUCUUCCAAUACCAGGAUAGUGGGUUUGAUUCCCAGGGCCACCCAUACAUAAAAAAUGUAUGCACGCGUGACUAUAAGUCGCUUUGGAUAAAAGCUUCUGCAUAUACAGUUGAAGUCGGAAGUUUACAUACACUUAGUUUGGAGUCAUUAAAACUUGUUUUUCAACCACUACAAAUGUCUUGUUAACAAACUAUAGUUUUGGCAAGUCGGUUAGGACAUCAACUUUGUGCAUGACACAAGUAAUUUUUCCAACAAUUGUUUACAGACAGAUUAUUUCACUUAUAAUUCACUGCAUCACAAUUCCAGUGGGUCAGAAGUUUACAUACACUAAGUUGACUGUGCCUUUAAACAGCUUGGAGAAUUCCAGAAAAUGAUGUCAUGGCUUUAGAAGCUUCUGAUAGGCUAAUUGACAUAAUUUGAGUCAAUUGGAGGUGUACCUGUGGAUGUAUUUCAAGGCCUACCUUCAAACUCAGUGCCUCUUUGCUUGACAUCAUGGGAAAAUCAAAAGAAAUCAGCCAAGACCUCAGAAAAAAAAUUGUAGACCUCCACAAAUCUGGUUCAUCCUUGGGAGCAAUUUCCAAACGCCUGAAGGUACCACGUUCAUCUGUACAAACAUUAGUACGCAAGUAUAAACACCAUGGGACCACGCAGCCGUCAUACCGCUCAGGAAGGAGACGCGUUCUGUCUCCUAGAGAUGAACGUACUUUGCUGCAAAUCAAUCCCAGAACAACAGCAAAGGACCUUGGGAAGAUGCUGGAGGAAACGGGUACAAAAGUAUCUAUAUCCACAAUAAAAUGAGUCCUAUAUCGACAUAACCUGAAAGGCCGCUCAGCAAAGAAGAAGCCACUGCUCCAAAACCGCCAUAAAAAAGCCAGACUACGGUUUGCAACUGCACAUGGGGACAAAGAUCGUACUUUUUUGAGAAAUGUCCUCUGGUCUGAUGAAACAAAAAUAGAACUGUUUGGCCAUAAUGACCAUCGUAAUAUUUGGAGGAAAAGGGGGUAGCUUGCAAGCCGAAGAACACCAUCCCAACCGUGAAGCACGGGGGUGGCAGCAUCAUGCUGUGGAGGUGCUUUGCUGCAGGAGGGACUGGUGCACUUCACAAAAUAGAUGGUAUCAUGAGGAAGGAAAAUGAUGUGGAUAUCUUUACUAAUGACAGAGUGUCUAUGUAUGUGGAUGACUCAACACUAUACAUGUCAGCUACUACAGCGACUGAAAUGACUGCAACACUUAACAAAGAGUUGCAGUUAGUUUGAGUAGGUGGCAAGGAAUAAGGUAGUCCUAAAUAUUUCUAAAACUAAAAGCAUUGUAUUUGGGACAAAUCAUACUCUAAACUUCAACUAAAUCUUGUAAUAAAUAAUGUGGAAAUUGAGCAAGUUGAGGUGACUAAACUGCUUGGAGUAACCCUGGAUUGUAAACUGUCAUGUUCAAAACAUAUUGAUACAACAGUAGCUAAGCUGGGGAGAAGUAUGUCCAUAAUAAAGCGCUGCUCUACCUUCUUAACAGCACUAUCAACAAAGCAGGUCCUACAGGCCCUAGUUUUGUCACACCUGGAUUACUGUUCAGUCGUGUGGUCAGGUGCCACAAAAAAGGACUUAGGAACAUUGCAAUUGGCUCAGAACAGGGCAGCACGGCUGACCCUUGGAUGUACACAGAGACCUAAUAUUAAUAAUAUGCAUGUCAAUCUCUCCUGGCUCAAAGUGGAGGAGAGAUUGACUUCGUCACUACUUGUAAUUUAUUUAUGAGAGGUAUUGACAUGUUGAAUGCACCGAGCUGGCUGUUUGAACUACUGGCGCACAGCUCGGUCACCCAUGCAUACCCCACAAGACAUGCCACCAGAGGUCUCUUCACAGUCCCCAAGUCCAGAACAGACUGUGGGAGGCACAGUACUACAUAGAGCCAUUACUACAUGGAACUCUAUUCCACAUCAAGUAUCUGAUGCAAGUAGUAAAAUUAGAUUUUAAAAAACACCUUUAUGGAACAGCGUGACUGUGAACAUAGGCACAGACACAUGCAUGCACACGUACACAUGGAUUUUGUACUGUAGAUAUGUGGUAGUGGUGGAGUAGGGGCCUGAGGGCACACAGUGGAUUGUGAAAUCUGUGAAUGUAUUGUAAUGUUUUUUAAAUGGUAUGAACUGCCUUAAUUUUGCUAGACCCCAGGAAGUGCCUUGGCAGCAGCUAAUGGGGAUCUAUAAUAAAUACAAAUGGGAAAGUUGAUUAGGAGAAAACACUGUUAACUGCUGUACGGUUUUGACUGAUGUUAUUCUCUCCUGCCAGGUGGUCAUGCCCCUGGGUCUCCACUGCAGCUUCCCUGAGAACAACCUCCAGCUGAUGGUGCAGUCUGGGGCUAAAGGCUCCACUGUCAAUACUAUGCAGGUACUCCUUUAAGGAACCAAGCAGACCAUCAAACCAUAAAGACACACAAGAUGUACAAUCAAAUCAAACUUUAUUUGUCAAAUACACGUGUUUAGCAGAUGUUAUUGCGGGUGUAGCGAAAUGCUUGUGCUUCUAGCUCCGACAGUGCAGUAAUAUCUAACAAGUAAUAUCUAACAAUUUCACAACAUAUACCUAAUACACACAAAUCUAAGGAAUGGAAUUAAGAAUAUAUACAUAUAUGGACAAGCAAUGACAGAGCGGCAUGGACUAAGAUACAGUAGAAUAGUAUAGAAUACAGUAUAUACAUAUAAGAUGAGUAAUGCAAGAUAUGUAAACAUUAUUAAAGUGACUAGUGUUCCAUUUCUUAAAGUGACCAGUGAUUUCAAUAGGCAGCAGCAGCCUCUAAUGUGCUAGUGAUGGCUAUUUAACAGUCUGAUGGCCUUGAGAUAGAAGCUGUUUUUCAUUCUCUCAGUCCCAGUUUUGAUGCACCUGUACUGACCUCGCCUUCUGGAUGAUAGCGGGGUGAACAGGCAGUGGCUCGGGUGGUUGAUGUCCUUGAUGAUCUUUUUGGCCUUCAAUUUAGUCUCUAUCAUGUGUAACAAUCAGAACAUGAUGAGUAAGUUUGUUUUAAUUUUUUUUAGAUCUCAUGUCUGCUGGGUCAGAUUGAGCUGGAGGGCCGACGUCCUCCCCUGAUGCCUUCUGGGAAAUCUCUGCCCUGCUUCCAGCCGUACGAAAGUUCGCCUCGCUCUGGAGGCUUUGUGUCUGGCAGGUUCCUCACAGGAAUCAAGCCCCCAGUAUGUGACUUAUCUCUGCCCCAAGUUGUGUGCUUGAUUGUUCCACUUCAUAAUUGAAGGUCUCUGAAUGUUUAAUGAUUCAUUGUUGCAGGAGUUUUUCUUCCAUUGCAUGGCUGGCCGGGAGGGUCUGGUAGACACAGCUGUCAAGACCAGUCGAUCGGGGUACCUUCAGAGGUGAGCUGGCAUUACAGAAGUCUGAACGUUUUUACAGAAGUGUGAAUGGUUACGUCUCAAAUGGCACCCUAUUCCCUAUAUCGGCUAUACCCCAGGGGUAUGUGCAAUGCUGUCAGGGGUACGUCAAAUAAAAAACAGUCCAUUUAGAUUUUCCAACGGGGUUAUACAUUUGGGUGAUGUUUUUCUCUCGCCUGAGUAGCCUCGUUUCACUGCCAAAUAUAAAAUUAAACCAUCUAGUGUUCAGUGAAAUAACACAAUGUCAAAUACAGGUAGCCUAGUCAAAUAAUUAACAUCCAAUCACAUUAACCGUUACUCUCUCGCGGGAAUUCCACUAACUGUCCGUAUGUAGCCAAACGUAGCUGCUCCUCAUUCCGUUUGCUUGAAAAUUGAAAAUGGUUAAAAAAAAGUACGGCCCGCGUCCAUAGAGAGACAUACCAGCUCUACAGGUAGUACUGCUCCUACCAGCAAUACUACACCUGCACCUGUUGACAACACAAGUUCUGCUUCCACAAGCACAUCCAGUGCUAGCAUCAGUAAUUCUACAUGUGUUGCUAGCCCAGCUAGCAUGGACACUGACAGUUGUGAAUCUGAUGCAGCCGAAGAGCUACUGCCCCCUUACCUGGGAAAGCACCGAACAACAGACAGGGACGUUGGACCAUCGAAGAGGCGCAAAUAUGAUAACUACAUUGAUUUGGGGUUCACUUAUAUUGGGAGAAGUGCCUUUCCUCAGCCAGUGUGUUAUAUGUGCAAAAGUACCAUCUCACAACUCGAUGAAACCUUCACUCUUGUGCAGACAGUUUUUUGAGCAUGAAUUAAGACGACUUUCGAAUAGUAAGAUAUGUAUAAAAGCAACAUAUACCAUUAAUAAGAAGGGGCUAGAAGCGUCUUAAAUGGUGAGCUACCGUGCGGCUAGGAUGGGCAAGCCCCAUACUAUUGUGGAGGACUUAAUUAUUCCUGCUGCCGCGGAUAUGGCUGGGGGAAAGGCCCAAAAAACUAUACAGACAAUGCCUUCAUCAAACAACACUGUUUCACGACGCAUCAGUGACAUGGCAGGAGAUGUUUUGAAACAAUUACUGCUUUGCAUACAAGCCAGUGAAUUCUAUGCUUUACAGCUUGCUUUACAGCAUCCCCCUUUUGACACAUGUUUUGCCCAUGUGCCAAUAUUACCACCUACCUAAACAAUCACUUAGGUAAUAUUGGUAAUUUAUCAUCCAAUUGCCAUCCCUUACUUUUUUUUAUUUUUUGAGACUUUCCCUUGCUUCUUUAUUGCUCCUCCCACUUCCUUUGUCUUUUAUGGUGGCUAAAUUUGACUUUCAUUCAGUUCAGAACCAAUAGUAAUCCAAUCAAUCAAUCCCUUAUCUUGUAAAAACACUCAUGUUUAGUUCAAACUCUGUUCUACCCCGGCUCUCCCGGGCUUGACCUGAAGACUGAUGGUUGGUCAUGACAGGUCCAUAUUUAAAUCUUUCAAACCUAACACAAACCCCCUAAAUUUAACAUAACAACCCUUUAUAACCAUCAUACUAGGUGUGUUGUUUUUUUAUUUGAAAAACCCAAUUUUGAAAAACAACAACCACAAAUAGCAAGGCCCCACUUAAUUUGGUAGCUCACUUUUACGACCUAAAUACUGCCUAACUUCACUACUGCUCCCCCUAGCCCUGGGCAACAUUCCAAUGAGAUAAGCUAAUCUCUUUCUCCUGGUUAUACAUUUUGUUAACCUUCAAUUACCAUCAGUAAUCUAAAGAUGGUAGUACACACAAAACAUGAUACAGAUAUCCCCAGUCCUAACCCAUCAAUAAUUGUUUGUAUCAAUCUAAUUCCUCAUAACUAAUCCAUAAAACCACUCAAAAUUCCUCGAGUAUACAAUUAUUAUUUAAUUGAUUACCCUAAAUCUGCUACAUGUGUUCUCAUCUCAAAUGAUCCAUUAUCAAUUAUUUGAUCAACCCCCUAGGAAAAUAUGUCCCCCCUGUAAAUGCCAUAUUUCAUUUUUAGCCAAUACAAUCACGGUUACAUCAAAUGUUCCCUCCUUUGGCCAUUUAGUUACUAUCUUUCUGGUCCUUUUUCUCAUUUGUUAGAGAUAUUACCAAUAUCUUCACUAUUUUCUGGGAACCUUCAUGAUUGCUACUGGUGAUCCUGCCAGCUCUACUUCUGGUGUGGUCUAAUGUCUAUAUUAUUCCUGUUGUCUUUUUCAGCUAAAUGUUUUAUAUCCCUCAGUUAAUGGUAUUUUCUCCCUAAUAUAUCUUCAUACUCUUCUCCUUUCCCUAAAUUAGAUUUAAUCCCUUGCCUUUCCUCUACUAUCCUUCUAUCAUUACUGGAUCAAUGAUAAUAACUGUAAUAACUAUUAAUAAUAAUUGUAAUAACUAUUUCACAUUAAAUUGUGCCUUUUUCUGAUAGUUAUAAUUGUAGCCUAUUGCAUUACUUUAGUUUAAAAUAUAAGUUUGUUUAUUUAACAAAUCUAGAACCCACUAUAGGUUGGUGCUAUUCCCUCAGCAUAAUAGCUAAAGCUACUUGCAUCCCCUGGUCCCCGUAACGAAAAUAAAUUAUCGUUCUAGAAUUCACCAACUAUUUGCAUACACCACUGGUGUUAAGCAACCUAUCGAAUAAAGUAAUAACAAUUAGAAUUUAUCAAAGCACUGCCUUCCAGUCAAGUAUUUAGACCUCUACUUGAAAUCUUACAGCUCAAUCUAACUAGCUGGACUGUCUCUAUUUUUUUUUUUCCCGCUAACCAGAGCCAUAAAUUAUUCUCCUUUGUCCUCAACUCAAUUUUCACAGCUCUAUCGCCAUUUCAGUUCGCUAUUCAAUUUCUUUUACUGUUCUCUCUGAUUAGGCCCUAAUUAAUAAAACAAAUACUUGCUAUCGUUGAUAAGCAUACAUUUAAUGAUAUUCCUAUCAUUUGAACUAUCUCUCACCCCUCCCCUUGCUCCUUCCUACACAACGGGGGAGGCGCGGGGACCUUGUAACAUAUUUUCAUAGACCUUUCUAGAAUACUUCUACUUAAGCUAUCUACCGUAUUGGUCCGAAUAUAAGACGACCCUGAUUAUAAGACGACCCCCCGUUUUUCAACACAAACAUUUAGAAAAACAGAUUUGCAGACUAGAUUUGCCGAACAAAGAACUUCAUUUUAUUUUAAAAUAACAAUAUUAAAAACACAGUGAAUUAAACACAAAGGCAAACUAUGUACAGUAUGAUUCAAAAUUAAUAUCAAGCAAUAAUAAAGCAACAUUUUUAAAUAACAGAGAAAAUACAGGCCACACAUUUAACUAAACUUAACAAAAAUUCGCCAAACUUCUCCUCCGAUGUCUCUCUAUCCCUCACACACGUCCUCUGCCCCGCUGUGUUCGCUCUCGCUGUCAUCGCUCCCCAGCUGCUCCGCUUCCACCGGCUCCUCCCAAAGCACGUCGUCCUCGCUGCCGUCCAAUGCAUUUGAGAUGCAACAUUUUUUAAAGCCAUCGAUGAUGCUCUGUGAGGGAAUAGCAUCCCAUGCAUGCAGGAUCCAUUCACACAGUAGACGGACUGACGGCUUCUGUAUUUUCCCGGUCGGUGUGAGUGCGUGGUUGCCAGACAGGAGCCACUCUGUGUAUUUUUUUCGCAGGUUAUCCUUGAAAGGCUUGUUCACAACUACGUCCAACACCUGUAGCUGGCUUGUCAUUCCCCCUGGUAUGAUCACAAGAUCCCCGUUCAUUGCUCGCACCUGACUUUUCACGGGCUCAGUCAGAUGUCCGCGGAACGCAUCCAGAACGAGCAUGUUCCUCCUCUUCCUCAGUCCCCCGUAGCGUGCGCCCCACACAACCUUUAGCCAGUCCACUACAAGCCCCGACUCCAUCCAGCCCUUCUCCUGGGCGCGCACAAUAAUGCCAGCUGGCAUUGGGUCCUUUGGCACAGUCUUACGCUUAAGAAUGACAUACGGGGGGAGUUUGCUGCCACCAGCGAGACAUGUCAACAUGACAGUGACGCGGCUCUUCUCGUUGCCCGUUGAUUUCACCAACACAGACUUUUCUCCCUUUCUAUUGACAGUCACCGAUGUUGGCAUGUCGAAAUAAACGGGUGUCUGAUCAGCAUUGCCGAUCUGAUCCAGCGGGUAGGAGUGCUUCUUCCUCAGGUUGAUAACAAAGCGCUGAAACGAAAGCAGCUUCUCUCCGAAGUCUGACGGCAGGCGUUGGGCCAAACUCGUUCUCCGUCUAAGUGACAGUCCAUUACGCCGCAUCAUCCUACGACACCAGCCGAGGCUGGCUUUAAAUCCAGUGAUGUUGAGCUCUCUGGCGAUUUCCAGGGCCUUAACCUGGAUGACAGCUCUGGUAAUGGGCAUUCCCUCACUUCUUUUUUCCCUGACAUAUUCAAAAACCCUCCGGUCAACCUCAAUGAAACGACCACUUUGAGGACCACGGAAGGAUUUUCGCUGACUGUUAGCAUCUUUUAGACGUUGUUUUUCUGCUCGCCAUCUUCUUACAUUACACUCAGUGACCCCGAAUGUCUUGGCAGCUUGGCAGUUGUUAGAUGACUCUGCCUUAUUGACAACCAUUAUUUUGAAAUUGGCAUCAUAGCUCCUCCGCUGUUGUUUAUUGACCUGGCCCACUUUUGAGCCACUUGUCUCUAAAUGGUCAGCCUGUCUUUCCAUCUUUAAACACCGGUAACGGGCUGGUUGUUAAGGACGCCUCUUCCCUCCGUCCGGAACGAAUUUUUGGCGCCAUCUGUGCCCGCGAAUGUGUAUUGACAUUUAAAGGGAGCGCCGAAGAAGAGAAACUGCGCUCUGAAUACUAGACCCCGAAUAUAAGACGACCCGACUUUUUUGGACCUAUUUCGAGGGGAAAAAAGGCCGUCUUAUAUUCGGACCAAUACGGUAAUUCAACCUUUCACAUUUCUCAAUCCACGUAGUAAUCUAGGUCUAUAGCCCCAAUGAGAAAGCUUUACUCACUGUCCCUACCUGGGUUCGAACCAGGGACCCUCUACAUACAUUGCCAGUCACCCCACACAUUCCGCGAUGCUUUCAAAGUAAAUACUUCCAGUUCAUAGAGCAAGUGACGUCACCAAAUUAAAACUGCACUAGCUCUCACCUCAUUCUAAGGCUGCUGGGGCCUCUUUCAUUCCCCGCCAAUAGAUUAGGUAAGGCUAUCAGUGGGUACUGGCCCCCUCCUACUCUCUCUCUCUCUCUCACUGCUUCUUUAAAUUUACCCCUACGCGGUUCUCCCUCCUCUUUCCACUCCCAACAGGUUUUGUCUGUUUUUCGUUUUAACGUAAUAUUCGUCCAUUAUUUAAAGUACGUUAGUCUAUUUAUUUAAAUCAAAUUAUUCCCACCUAAUUAGUUAAAGUCGGUGCAUAUUUAUAUUUCAACGAUAAACCAAAUUAUUUCAGUCUAAUUAUUUAACCAGUAUUUUGCAGGGUCAAACAUCAAACGUUAAAUUAAAUAAUAAACCAAAUUGCUUCAACUUAAUUAUUUAAAACCAGUAUUAUGCUAUGUCAAACAUCAAACGUUACAGUUCAGUUAUAUCAGUUCAAACAUUUCAGUUUAGUCAUACUAGUUAUUCAUUAUUUUUACCUUUUAUAUUGUCAAAUUCAACCUCACCUACUAUCCUCCUCCCUAUCAAAAAAAUACUCAGCUGAACCUAGCCGUACCCUCGUAGUUACGGACCUUGCCAGUCGCUAGUAUUUAUCUAAAAUUUCCCGAACCUAGCCGUACCCUCGUAGUUACGGACCUUGCCGGUGUAAUUCUUCGAACCUAGCCGUUACGGACCUUGCCGGUAGAACAAUACUCUAUGGUACCAUGGUUUAACAUCACAUUCACCACAGGUUUGCAUGUCACAAUAUGGUGCUUAUCUACUCAUAAUAAUUAGUAUAAUAAUUCAUAAUUUAGUUCACUUACAUCAAACGGGUGUUUCACAAAAUUAAUUUGGAUAAAGCCAAUGUGCAGAACUUUAGUUAUAUAACAAUAGGUGUCUGCUUACCUGUUUUUAGUAGUCCGGACUCUUUGUGAAACAUACCGUCCAAUGACAGAGAUGUCCAAUGGGCCGGACAAUACCCAGCGAAGUCCCUCUACCAGAUCACGUCGGUGGUCACCAAUUGUUAAGUUGCGUCAAUUCAAAUCUGGUAUUGGAACAAAAAGAGGUCAAUACACGUCUUCUAAAAUAGACUAGUAUUUUAAUUAAUGCAAAACACUUCAAUGGUAAAUAUGAUGUUCGUAUAUACGGGUCCACUGAAACACCACGCAGGGCAGUCAGAGAACUAACUGUCCCAACCCAAAGUUAUUAUUUUAAUACUCUGACAGAGAUAGUUCCUGCUCCAAGCAGGAACUAUCAGAGUAGAGGCUGGGCGUGGUUUAGACUUACCCAGCCUAUCGUAGGCGCACAGGCUGGUCCCAGCCCCUUGGCGCUACACUGUUGCCAGGCAUUAGUUGUUAUCUUUACCAAGUCAGCAACCUCAGACAUAGUUUCCUUCUUCAUGUUGCAGUACUUUGUCCUUGAGCGGUUUAACAAAGAGGCAGUGUUUGUGAGUGAGUCACAAGCCUAUCUCAGCCUACCCCCUAACAGUUCCCCACAUUAAUCACAGCUUGUUAUAUUAAACAAUCUAUAUCAGUACAGUACAAACCUAUUAUGUUUUAUCAUUAAUGCUUUCUUAUUAAGCUAGGCAUCACAUCUAGUUAUAAGAAAAUAGAUCCCCACAAGCUGGAAGAGUCAACAGACGUGGCGGGCCUGGCACAGCUCCUGGUAUAUGUCCGUAACGUUUAUGGGGGGUCAAUUAAGGAAGACAUCCUCUUUAUAAACCACUGGAAACCAGGACAACAGGAGAGGAUAUUUUUAAAGUACUGGACAGCUUUGUGACAUCAAAUGGACUUUGGUGGUCAAGAUGUGUUAGUAUCUGUACUGAUGGCGCAAAAGCCAUGACAGGGAGAUGUAGUGGAGUGGUAACGCGACUGCAAGCAGUUGCUCCCGACGCCACUUGGGUACACUGCAGCAUCCACCGAGAGGCACUUGCUGCCAAGGGAAUGCCUGACAGCUUGAAAGAGGAUUUGGACACUACAGUGAAAAUGGUUAACUUUGUUAAAGCAAGGCCCCUGAACUCUCGUGUAUUUUCUGCAUUAUGCAAUGAUAUGAGCAGCGACCAUGUAAUGAUUUUACAACAUACAGAAGUGCGCUGGUUAUCAAGGGGCAAAGUAUUGACACAUUAAAGUUUUCUUUACUGACCAUAAUUUUCAUUUGUCUGACCGCUUGCAAGAUGACGAGUUUUCUUACACGAAUGGCCUAUCUGGGUGAUCUUUUUUCUCGCCUGAAUGAUCGGUAUUUAGGAUUACAGGGACUCCGCAACUAUAUUCAAUGUGCGGUACAAAAUUGAGGCUAUGAUUAAGAAGUUGGAGCUCUUCUCUUUUUUUGCAUUUACAAGGACAACACACAGGUCUUUCAUUUUACAUUUUAGUCAUUUAGCAGACGCUCUUAUCCAGAGCGACUUACAGUUAGUGAGUGCAUACAUUUUCAUACUGGCCCCCCGUGGGAAUCGAACCCACAACCCUGGCGUUGCAAACGCCAUGCUCUACCAACUGAGCUACACGGGACUACUUUACAUCAUUGUAUGAUUUUUUUGUGACAAUGUCCAAUGUGAUAUAGCGAAGCACAUGAGUGAGCUGGGUGCGCAAUUACGCAGCUACUUUCCCGAAACGGACGACACAAACAACUGGAUUCGUUAUCCCUUUCAUGCCCUGCUUUCAGUCCACUUACCGAUAUCUGAACAAGAGAGCCUCAUCGAAAUUGCAACAAGCGGUUCUGUGAACAUUUUAUUUAAUCAGAAGCCACUGCCAGAUUUCUGGAUAGGGCUGCACUCAGAGUAUCCUGCCUUGGCAAAUCACGCUGUUAAGACACUGAUGCCCUUUGCAACCACGUACCUAUGUGAGAGUGGAUUCUCGGCCCUCACUAGCAUGAAGGCUAAAUACAGGCACAGACUGUGUGGAAAAUGAUUUAAGACUGAGACUCCCUCCAAUACGACCCAACAUUGCAGAGUUAUGUGCACCCUUUCAAGCACACCCUUCUCAUUAACCUGUGGUGAGUUAUUCACCAUUUUCGAUGAACAAAUAAGGUUUUAUAUGUAAGAUGGCUAAAUAAAGAGCAAAAUCUUUAUUAUUUUUAUUAUUAUUAUGAUUAUAUUUGUAUUUGUGACCUGGUCCUAUAAGAUCUCUUUUGUCUCUUCCCAUGAGCCGGGUUGUGACACAAACUCACACUCAUUCUUAUGUUUAAUACAUUUAUCGUAUAGUGUGUGUGUGUGUGGCAGGCUUACAAUGAUGGCAAAAAACAACAUUUGAGAGUGCGCUGACCCUGGUGCUAGAGGGGUUACGCAGCUGGAGGUUGAAUGUUUGAAGGGUACGGGACUAUAAAAAGUUUGGGUACCACUGCACUAUAUAGUAAACAGCUUUUGACCACAGCCCUAUGGGAUUGUGGGAUUCACACAAUAUUGUAAUUUCCCCCUUUCUAAACUGACUCAUUGUGGUUCCAGAUGUGUGAUCAAACACCUGGAGGGCCUGGUGGUUCAGUAUGACCUGACUGUGAGGGACAGUGACGGCAGCGUGGUCCAGUUUCUCUAUGGGGAGGAUGGCCUUGAUGUCCCCAAGACACAGUUCCUCCAGCAAAGACAGUUCCCCUUCAUACAGGACAACUAUGAGGUAGGAACUGGCGCUGCCCUCUCACAAGCUGCUCAAGUCAACUGAUCCGGUUUUCUAAAGUGUUUAUUGAGACUGAAAGCAGGUCUUCAUUUCAAGACCGUGCAUGGCAAACAUUGCAAGGAUUACUUUUUGCAGCACCCAUUUAGAAUUUCCCCUUACUCGCAGGUCAUCAGAAAGUCCAAGUGCUUGGAUGAGGUCCUGGCCAAACUGGACCCGCAGGCUGCCACCAACCAUUUCAAAGCCAUCAGGAGGUGGAAAGCCAAGAGGGAGCAUCUUUCUCCCAGGGAGGGGGCCUUCCUGCUCUUCUCCCAGAAGAAACUCAAGAAUGCAGAGCGCCAGGCUCUAGAGAACCUGGCCAACGGCAGGGACACUGCCACCCUGAAGGUAAUGUAUUGUACCUCUGCUGCAACACCGCACUUUUAUUAGAUGAAGUAUCCCUCCACAACUAUAUACCAAUUUAUUUUGAGUUUGGGGUGUAUUAUUUAUUCUACUUUUUCAAUGUGACAUAUCAAACUCUGUGGUUGUUUCCGUUCUGUUAAACUUUCUAAUAUGUUAUUUUCCCAUGUUUCUUAGCUGGUGGAUAGAUGGAGUUCUCUAGACCAGGACAGCAGAUCUAAGUACCUGAAGAAGACUUCACACUGUCCUGAGCCCUGCCUGAGCCUGUUCAGGCCUGACAUCUCAUUUGGGUCAGUGUCAGAGACGUUUGACAGCAUUGUGGAGUCCUACCUAAAGGACAUCCAAGUCAAGCAGUUACCCGAGGGAAGCUCGAAGGACCUUGAUGCACAAAGGUGAGAUUUCAAUCCAUAUCGUCUAUAUUGCAUACAGUAUUUACCUAAAUAAGUCUUCCAAAAAUGACAAACUUUGGAUGUAGAAACUAAGAUUGGGCUGUUGUACAUCAUUUUAGAAGCCAUUGUAGCUACUGUGUUUUCUACUGAGUGCUUAGGUUAUGUCAUGGUCUCCACUCUGUCUCUGCAGACUGAAGCAUCUGCUGCAGCUGAAGUGGCAGCGAGCCCUGUGUGACCCAGGGGAGGCGGUGGGUCUGCUGGCUGCUCAGAGCAUCGGAGAGCCCUCCACCCAGAUGACCCUCAACACCUUCCACUUUGCCGGCAGGGGGGAGAUGAACGUUACCCUUGGUAUCCCAAGGUACAGUAUGGUCUCCCCUGGAAUAUAACGGUGCAAUGACUCUUUGCCAGAAUAAAAUGUCCAAACUCUGGCCGUUAGUGACUGAAUAUUGUCUCCGUCACCCACAGGCUUAGAGAAAUAUUGAUGAUUGCAAGUUCCAGCAUCAAGACUCCGAUGAUGAGUAUUCCUGUGUUGAACACUAAAAAAGCCAUCAAGCGGGUGAAGACACUGAGGAAGAAGCUCACUCGCGUGUGUCUAGCAGAGGUGAUUACAUUGGCACUGUUUAUGAACCAUUACAUUCCAAAGUAAUUAAAUCAUUAUUACCACAGAAAUAUAAUACAUUUUUCUAUGGUUAUCACUCCAUCCUUGUUUUUCAAUUAAUUGUGAGUGAGUCAUUGUUCUGUCCAUUGUUGUUCAAAGGUGUUGCACAAAGUGGAUGUCCUGGAGACACUCAGAUUGGAGGCCAAACGACAGAAGGAGCGCAUCUUCAAGAUCACCUUUCGCUUUCUUUCCCCAGAGCGCUACCAGGAAGACAAGAUGCUGACUCCCCAACAAAUCCUCCACUACAUGGAGAACAGGUGAGCUAUUAUAACCAGCACUGGUCCCACACAUUCUUCUGCCAGCACAACCUGUGUGUGUGAAUCAGAUCACGGUUACUAGUCCCACAAAUGUACUUCUGUGUUGUUGGUCUGAACCAAUGUAAGGCAUUCUUUGCUACCUUUGUCUUUUCCAGGUUCUUCCGCCUACUACUGGAGGCCAUUAAGAAGCGCAAUACCAAGCUUGGCUCUAUCAACGCUGUGGAAACACGCAAGGCUACAGUUAGAGAUAAUGACCAGGAUGUAGGGGACUCUUCAGCUAGACAGGUGUGUGUUAAACAAGCAUGGACUUUUCCCUAUUCAUCUGUUCCUUUCAGCCAUUGCUUUACAUUUGGAUUUACAGGCUGGACUUAAUCAUUACCAAAGUGACUAUUGUUUCUUAAAUGUAGAAUUAUGCAACUUUUAUCCCCAUUUCAUUUGUGUAAUUAUUUUCUUUGUUGUAGGAGAGUGGAGAAGGGGAUGGGGAGGAGGAGAGCAGGAUUGUGGACGACGUGGGGAAUGAGGGAGACGCUGACGCCUCGGAUGCGAAAAGGAGAGGGAAUCAGGAGGAGGAAGUGGAUUAUGAGAGUGAGGAGGGAGAGGAGGCUGAGGAGGUUGAGGACCUGGUGGAGGAAAGCGAGGAGCAGGCAGAGGAGAACUCUGAAGAGGUUCCCGGUGACCUGGGCACUGCAGAGCCUGGUGGUGCUGGGGCAAAGAAGAGGCCAAAGCCGAAAAGCACACCCACACAGGACAGCAUGAGGGUCAACACUGUGCUGGAGACUAGCUCCAGCAUCGAGGACUACUCCUACGACAGCCAGCAGGGUCUCUGGUGUGAGGUAUUUACCCCCAGUCUGUGCCCUUCUGUCUGAUUUUGGAAUAUUACUUUCUGGGUUUAAGAUACUAAAAUACUUAUUUCAGCCAAUGGUCCACAUUGUUCCUUGCGAAACCAAGUAUUUUACUUGAAUAUAAAUGUUUUGAAUGUGGACUGAGUGGAGUUUUGCAUUUCUCUGUUUGCUGUCAGGUUACGCUCGUCCUGCCUGUCAGCAAGGUGCACUUUGACCUGACGUCGCUGGUGGUGGCCUUGGCCCAGAAUGCAGUGGUGAUGGAGACUAAGGGCAUCACCAGAUGUCUGCUCGGUGAGGUCACUAAGAAAGAUGGCUCCAAGGAGCUGGAGCUCAAAACUGAGGGCAUCAACAUGCACGAGCUGUUUAACCACAGUGAAGUGAGUGAUAAUCCACCAACUUGUACUUGUACAGUAAAAACAUAAUUUCUUCAUGUGGGUAUCUUUGCUUAUACAUUCUAUGCUAUACUGUUUUGAUCUCAGAUUCUUGACUUGAAUCGGCUGUACUCCAAUGAGGUCCACGCCAUGGCAAACACGUACGGCAUUGAGGUGGCCCUGAGAGUCAUUGAGAAGGAAAUCAAAGAUGUCUUCGCUGUCUACGGUACAAACAGGCUCACAACUUCUUUAGGGAUCUACUCAUUUCCCAUCAACAGGCUCUGGAGAGCUGUGUGAUCUCCUCUCUAAGAGUUGCUCUGCUCUCCUCUCCUGUGCAGGUAUUGAGGUGGACCCCAGGCACUUAUCCUUGGUGGCAGACUACAUGUGUUUUGAGGGCGUGUACAAACCUCUCAACCGCUUCGCCAUCCAGUCCAACCCCUCUCCACUGCAACAGAUGACCUUCGAGACAAGCUACAAGUUCCUGAAGCAGGCCACUAUGCUGGGUAGGCAGCAUUACACAACACAUCGUCCUCUGUAGCUCAAUUAGUAGAGCAUGGCGCUUGUAAUGCCAGGGUAGUGGGUUCGAUCCCCGGGACCACCCAUACGUAAAAAUGUAUGCACACAUGACUGUAAGUCGCUUUGGAUAAAAGCGUCUGCUAAAUGGCAUAUUAUUAUUAUUAUUAUUAUUAUUAUUAUUAUUACAUCUGUAGGCUGUACACAUAAUACAACAGUAGACAUGAUACAACAAGUAAUACAUAAAUAUUACAUCAUAAAACAAAUAGAGCAAUGCUUGGUCUGCCCUGCAUCAGUUGUUGGUUUAACAAUGUGUCUGGUCUUUGCUCUCUCAACAGGCACCCAUGAUAAGUUGGUCUCUCCCUCAGCUUGCUUAGUGGUGGGUAAGGUUGUAAAAGGAGGGACCGGGAUCUUUGAUCUCAAGCAGCCAUUGCAAUAAAUGUUGUUAAAUGCAUCAGGCACCCAUAGCCACCAUAUCUAGACAUUUAAAAGGAAUGAAGUGAACACACCAGUUCACUGCAAGUGCCAUUGUUAUGAUAAUGAGGAAAGGGACCGUUUUUUGAUUUAGUGUAUGUUGUCUUAUAUUUGACUAUUAAAUAUGUAUUGAAGUG